AUGCGCACCACCACUAUUCUCUCGUCGGCGCUCCUCGCAGCAACAUCAUUGGCACAGACUCCAGUAGGGAGCUGGCCAGAAACGCAAAUCAAUUUAGGCGCAUCUUUCGGAAACGAGACCGUUACCCCGGGUCUAUGGAUCAAUCCCGACGAUGUGACAUCCGCACCAUCCAUCUACCCCGGCAAGGUCAAGCAUGCCUACCCAGGAACCUACAUGAUCCUGAUGCUUGACCUCAACAUCCCGGACUCCGACGUCACCACAGCAGACAAGUACUCCACCCUUGUCCCUGGACUGGCAGCCAAUACCACCACUCGUCUCCACUGGUGGGGUGGAAACUACACCUUGGAAGGUCGAACAUUCGUCAACGCAAGCGAUGCCCUAGCACCGUAUACCGCCCCGCGACCCAGGGACAGCACGGAGCAUGCGUAUACAAUUUACCUCUUCAAUCAGCCGAAGGGAUAUGUUCCGCCUGCUGCAGCCGCCGAGGGUCUGUACUAUGAUCAGACCACGGAUGCACGGUUCAAUUUCAGCUUGGCUCCUGUUGUGGAGGCGGUGGGUCGGCCGGUGGCAGCGACAUAUUUUGUCAGUUCGGCGACUGACUGA